AUGGUUCUGUCCACGACUCCAUGGUUCUGUCCACGACUCCAUGGUUCUGUCCACGACUUCAUGGUUCUGUCCACAACUCCAUGGUUCUGUCCACGACUCCAUGGUUCUGUCCACGACUCCAUGGUUCUGUCCGCGACUCCAUGGUUCUGUCCACGACUCCAUGGUUCUGUCCACGACUCCAUGGUUCUGUCCACAACUCCAUGGUUCUGUCCACAACUCCAUGGUUCUGUCCGCGACUCCAUGGUUCUGUCCACGACUCCAUGGUUCUGUCCACGACUCCAUGGUUCUGUCCACGACUUCAUGGUUCUGUCCACAACUCCAUGGUUCUGUCCACGACUCCAUGGUUCUGUCCAUGACUCCAUGGUUCUGUCCACGACUCCAUGGUUCUGUCCACGACUCCAUGGUUCUGUCCACGACUCCAUGGUUCUGUCCAUGACCCCAUGGUUCUGUCCACGACUCCAUGGUUCUGUUCACGACUCCAUGGUUCUGUCCACGACUCCAUGGUUCUGUCCACGACUCCAUGGUUCUGUCCACGACUCCAUGGUUCUGUCCACAACUCCAUGGUUCUGUCCGCGACUCCAUGGUUCUGUCCACGACUCCAUGGUUCUGUCCACGACUCCAUGGUUCUGUCCACGACUUCAUGGUUCUGUCCACGACUCCAUGGUUCUGUCCAUGACUCCAUGGUUCUGUCCACGACUCCAUGGUUCUGUCCACGACUCCAUGGUUCUGUCCACGACUCCAUGGUUCUGUCCACGACUCCAUGGUUCUGUUCACGACUCCAUGGUUCUGUUCACGACUCCAUGGUUCUGUCCACGACUCCAUGGUUCUGUCCACGACCCCAUGGUUCUGUCCACGACUCCAUGGUUCUGUCCACGACUCCAUGGUUCUGUCCACGACCCCAUGGUUCUGUCCACGACCCCAUGGUUCUGUCCACGACCCCAUGGUUCUGUCCACGACUCCAUGGUUCUGUCCACGACUCCAUGGUUCUGUCCACGACUCCAUGGUUCUGUCCACGACUCCAUGGUUCUGUCCACGUGA